AUCGAAUGCAUGCCAGAUGUGUGUCAAGACUGUCAUGCAAGUGAAAUUAAAAAAACAAACAUCACGUAGAGCACGUAUCAAUCGUUUGCCACUUUUUAUACACAAAAAAGUAACAGAAAAUGAGCAAAAAAAGUCUGCCACAUUACGCAGCUGGCAUAAUAGUUAAAGGAUUCGGUCGUGGCUCGAAAGAAUUAGGAAUUCCAACCGCCAAUUACCCGCUUGACGUUGUGAAACAAUUACCGAUUGACAUCGAGACUGGCAUUUACUACGGUUGGGCUAAUGUCGACAGCGGUGACGUACACAAAAUGGUUAUGAGCAUCGGAUGGAAUCCCUUCUUUGAAAAUAAAGAGAAGUCAAUGGAGACUCACAUCAUGUAUCCGUACAACAAAGACCUGUACGGCCAGGUUCUGAAAGUGUGCAUUUGCGGCUACAUUCGACCGGAAAAGAAUUUCGAUUCGCUGGAGUCGUUGAUCAGCACCAUAAACGGUGACAUCGAACAGGCAAAUAUGGCCUUGGAACGGGAUGAAUUUAAGGAACUGAAGGAAUCGAAUUUCUUCAGGAACAGUUGACGGUCGACGGGCUGGCAGUUAGAUGAUACGAUUGUGGAGGUUCGAAUUUAGACUAGCAACAAAAUGGUGA